CGUUCAGUAGCUCCGACUUCUCUACUCGUUUACUAACUCCGCUAACUAAGUUGCAUUAAAACUCAUUUUUUAGAGGUUAUGAGAAUGGAUCGGUACAGCGUACCGUACAGACAGUCGAGAAAAGGCAGCUUGAACGGGGAAAGGGAAAUCUGCAGGCAGUUCAUCAAUGGAUUUUGCCGUUAUGGUCAAAGCUGUUACUAUCUGCAUGAGUUUCCAGCAACGCCAUCAUUUCAGGUUCGAUGUCGGUACUUCCAAAAAGGUGCUUGUUGGUUUGGGGAUCGUUGCAGGUAUCUCCAUGUUCCUCAAACAGAUGACGGGCCUUCGGGGAGCAGCAGACGAGGUUCAGCGCCUGCAGUUUUCCCUUCUGCUCUGGCUGGCCGUGCUUUGGCUGACCGCCGGGGAUCAGAACCCUUUCUUCUACCGGCUCAAGGGGCGUAUAGCAUGAAUCGAAGGGGUUCUGAGCCCCUGGUAACAAGCAUGAGCAUGCUACAGCAGAAUUUUGAACGCUUAACAGCAGGUAUCGCAGAGGAGGAGGAGUAUGGAGUUAUGGAAGAUGUACCUUCUCAACAGCUGGGAGCAUUAAGGAGACAAAGUGGUGUUCAAGACCACAAUACAUCAAACGCCUAUAGCUCGGCAAGCUCUGCAUCUAGUGCAACACCUGCUGAAGUCCGUAAAGUAACAGCACGUGAAGCUGAAACACAGGCAAGCAGUGUGCCGGAGAGACCGAGUCAGGGUGGUGCUGCCAUCUCAACGGGGCAGCGACAGUCUCAGGCUUUUGAUCAAGGCAAAGAUGUGGCCUGUGGCAUAUGCAUGGACAAGAUAUCUGAGAAAUCGACUGCUCAGGAACGACGCUAUGGCAUCCUUCCCAACUGUAAUCAUGCUUUCUGUAUCGGCUGCAUUGUUACAUGGCGAAAGACAAAAGACUUCCAGGAGGAUGUCAUCAAGGGUUGUCCACAGUGCAGAGUGAAAUCCUCCUUUUACAUUCCCAGCAAGCACUGGGUCUGUGAUGGGGAGGAAAAAGCAUCACUGAUAGCCUCUUUUAAAGAAAGGAGCAGUAAAUUAAAGUGCACUUUCUUCAUGCGUCAUGGAUGCUGCCCCUUCAAAAGUGAUUGUAUUUACAGUCAUGAUGUGCCCGCUUCUCAUACGUUCAGUCGCAGGCGCUCUACACGCAGGAACACUGCUGAGGUGUUGGAGGAUUUGGACAUCGAUGGCAUUCAGCUUUGGAGCUACAUUUUUGCCUUGACUCUGUUGGAUGAGGAUGAUGAUGAUCUUCUGGAUUUUUUUGACGAUUAAGGACCAUCUAGAACCAUAUGUUUAUCUUUGCUCAUCUACAUUGAGUGAGCUUGGCUUCUGCACUGAAAUCUAAGUCUCUUUAGGGUUGGCUUUUAGCGACCCUUUCUUGUUUGGCUAAUUGUUUAGCCAUGUAAAGUUACAGUGUGCGUGUGAGAUUUAAAGUUGUUGUGCCUCUAGUUUGUGUAAAGGGGUGGUUAAAAAAAGAUGAAAUGGUCAGCUCUCUAAAUUGAGUCUAGGUUUAGGUGGGGAGGGCAAAAAAAAGUUAAGAUGUUGAAAAUAUUGUAUGCAUGGUUGUUUAUUUCAGAUAGCUUUUUUUCACUUGUUAGUCAUUUAAUACCUCCAUCUGCGCUGCUUCCUGAUCGUUGCACCCUCUUGUCUGAUAUCUUUAUAUGAAAUCGGCUUUUAAUAUUUUGUGAACUUUCUAGUUUAUAUUAUUGUGCCAGUAGUCUGCCAAACACUAAAUGUGCGACCUGUCAGCAGGCUUUUGACGUACUGUCCUCUUUAGCAGUGUUAACAGGUGUAACUUGGUAUGCAAGGAUUUGAUGUCACAUUUUAUGACUUUUAGUAUUGUUUGUAUUCACUCGGAGAAAAGUGACAAUAAAAAAAUGUUCCACUGUUUG